AUGGGCUGUGUGCAAUGUAAGGAUAAAGAAGCAACAAAACUGACGGAGGAGAGGGAUGGCAGCCUGAACCAGAGCUCCGGGUACCGCUAUGGCACAGACCCCACUCCUCAGCACUACCCCAGCUUCGGCGUGACCUCCAUCCCAAACUACAACAACUUCCACGCGGCCGGAGGCCCAGGACUCACCGUCUUUGGGGGUGUGAACUCUUCAUCUCACACCGGGACCUUGCGUACGAGAGGAGGGACAGGAGUGACCCUGUUUGUGGCCCUUUACGAUUAUGAAGCGAGGACGGAAGAUGACCUGAGUUUUCACAAAGGAGAGAAGUUUCAGAUAUUGAACAGCUCGGAAGGAGAUUGGUGGGAAGCCCGCUCCUUGACAACUGGAGAGACAGGUUACAUUCCCAGCAAUUACGUGGCUCCGGUUGACUCUAUCCAGGCAGAAGAGUGGUACUUUGGGAAACUUGGCCGAAAAGAUGCUGAGCGACAGCUUUUGUCCUUCGGAAACCCACGAGGCACCUUUCUUAUCCGCGAGAGCGAAACCACCAAAGGUGCCUAUUCACUUUCCAUCCGUGAUUGGGAUGAUAUGAAAGGAGACCAUGUCAAGCAUUACAAAAUUCGCAAACUUGACAAUGGUGGGUACUACAUCACCACCCGGGCCCAGUUUGAAACACUUCAGCAGCUUGUACAGCAUUACUCAGAGAGAGCUGCAGGUCUCUGCUGCCGCCUAGUAGUUCCCUGUCACAAAGGGAUGCCAAGGCUUACCGAUCUGUCUGUCAAAACCAAAGAUGUCUGGGAAAUCCCUCGAGAAUCCCUGCAGUUGAUCAAGAGACUGGGAAAUGGGCAGUUUGGGGAAGUAUGGAUGGGUACCUGGAAUGGAAACACAAAAGUAGCCAUAAAGACUCUUAAACCAGGCACAAUGUCCCCUGAGUCGUUCCUCGAGGAAGCGCAGAUCAUGAAGAAGCUGAAGCACGACAAGCUGGUCCAGCUGUACGCCGUGGUGUCCGAGGAACCCAUCUACAUCGUCACCGAGUACAUGAAUAAAGGAAGUUUGCUUGACUUCUUAAAAGAUGGAGAAGGAAGAGCUCUGAAAUUACCAAAUCUCGUGGACAUGGCAGCACAGGUUGCUGCAGGAAUGGCUUACAUCGAACGCAUGAAUUACAUCCACAGAGAUCUGCGGUCAGCAAACAUUCUAGUGGGGAAUGGACUAAUAUGCAAGAUCGCCGACUUUGGAUUGGCCAGAUUGAUCGAGGACAAUGAGUACACAGCCAGACAAGGUGCAAAGUUCCCCAUUAAGUGGACGGCCCCCGAAGCAGCCCUGUACGGGAGGUUCACAAUCAAGUCCGACGUGUGGUCGUUUGGAAUCUUACUCACAGAGCUGGUCACCAAAGGAAGAGUGCCCUACCCAGGCAUGAACAACCGGGAGGUGCUGGAGCAGGUGGAGCGCGGCUACAGGAUGCCCUGCCCGCAGGACUGCCCCAUCUCUCUGCACGAGCUCAUGAUCCACUGCUGGAAAAAGGACCCCGAGGAACGGCCCACUUUCGAGUACUUACAGGGCUUCCUGGAAGACUACUUCACGGCCACAGAGCCGCAGUACCAGCCGGGAGAAAACCUGUGA